CCAUACAUAACCUAGGCCUUCCCCGGCUCCGCCCGCGUACGCUCCCCCAUCCUGAGUCUCCUCCCCUUCUCUUCUUUCCUCUCCAGACCAAGGAACCAGGGCACUUCCCCCAGGGACAGUAGCUUAACUCCAACACCCUUCAUCCGACGACACCAUGUCCGAGUGCUCCGGAUCCCCCUCUGACCAUCUCCAUGAUGCCCACUCUCAACCUCCCAAGCGCAAGGCCGCUCAAGCCGGACUCGACGGCCACACCACCGGACGCUCAGUAAAGCGGAGGGCUUCCAAGGCAUGCCAGUGCUGUCGAGCGCGCAAGGUCCGAUGCAAUGUCACAGAGCAUGGCGCGCCGUGCACCAAUUGCAGGCUGGACGAGGUCGAAUGCAUCGUUUCGGAGAGCAGGAGGAAAAAGAAAUGGCCAAAAGAUGACGAACAUCAGCCCGAGAGCACCCAUGCUGCUGCGUCGAAUGUGAAUCGCAAGCUGGCAUCGCGUGACGCCUUGGAUGGCAUCCAAAACCUGAACUCGGCCGCAGCACGGCCGUCACAUGAAGCUGAGGGUCGGCACGAUGAGCACGUGCCACACUCCAUUUACCAGAGUCAUGGUCGCCUGGGCUCACUCAAUGCCUUCACCGACAUUCAGCGCAGGCUGUCCAUGCACUCUCCGACCAACAAUGGCCUGUCUAUGCUCGGUCAUGCCUUCACCCCCUUUAGCAGCGACAUCCAAGCGCCCUUCUUUGCCAACGUGACGCCGACAUUCCAUGCCGCCGACCUGCCGCCUUUCAUCAAACCGCUCCCGGCCAAAAUUGGACCGGAUGAGAUUGCCUAUCUGGAGAGGAAGGGCGCAUUGACGGUUCCAAAGGGCACGCUUCGUAGCGAAUUGCUGCGCGCAUACCUCGACUAUGUGCAUCCGUAUAUGCCCCUGUUGGAUCUGCACGAUUUCCUCACUGUCAUCGACCAGCCCGAUGGCAGUUUGGGCAAAGUCAGCCUGAUUCUGUUCCAGGCCGUCAUGUUUGCGGGAUCGGCCUUUGUGGACAUGCACCAUCUGCGCGCUGCGGGAUAUGGGACGAGGAAAGAGGCUCGCAAAGACUUCUUCCAGAAGACUAGGGUGAGUUUCAUGCCCAUUGGCAUUUCCUUCCAGGUUCCCUCGGCCGAGCUUGUUGGGUGGACUUGCCGAAAGCGGCAACACUUCGCCCCCCCGGGUUCUGAGGUUUCUGAGGGUAAAUUACCUCCUGAAUUGUUGACUAAUCAAAUGUUACAGUUGCUCUACGAUUUCGACUACGAAUCCGACCGUGUCUCCCUGGUGCAGGCGCUGCUCCUCCUGACUUAUUACUACGAGACCCCAGACGACCAGAAGGACACAUGGCACUGGAUGGGGGUUGCGACGUCGGUGGCACACACCAUCGGCCUCCACCGCAACCCAGACAAGACCAACAUGGACGCCAAGCGGGUGAAGCUGUGGAAACGUAUAUGGUGGUCGACCUAUAUGCGCGAUCGCCUCAUUGCCCUCGGAAUGCGUCGCCCGACCCGCAUAAAGAGCGAGGACUUCGACGUGCCCAUGCUCACCAUUGACGACUUUGAGAUCGCUGCCCUGCCAGAGUCCAUCUCCUGCGUUCCCGCCGACUGCCGUGUAGCCCGGGAUGUCGAUAUGCAGCGGCAGCUCGCCAUCAUGUGCAUCGAGAAGGCGAAAUUGUGCCUGUGCAUUUCCCAUGUGCUCUCCAAGCAAUACUGUGUGCUCAACAAUGCCCAAGGCAUGAUGAAUGACCGCACCACCAUGAUGCUUCUCCCCAAGAAGCUCGAUCCCGAGACGAGCCAGGUCAAGGACUGCGACGAGGAGCUUCAGAAAUGGGUCAAUGAGCUGCCCGAGGCGGCCCAGUACACAGACGAGCCUUCGGGGGACAAGACUUUGGAUCUGCACAGGGCUCUGCUACACAUGGUCUUCUUCACUACGCUUUCUGCGUUGCAUCGUCCUCAGGUCCUCCCUUCGAGCCACGGUGGGUCAGCUACGUCGACGAGCAAACCCGCCUUGGGUUCCGAUGUCCUCGAGGUGUCCCGCAGGAAUGUGCGCCGCGCCGCCUCAGCCAUCACGUCGAUCGCCCAACGCCUCGACCAGCAAAAUCUGGUCAAAUACCUUCCCACCACCGGCGUCACCGUUCUUCUCCCAGCCAUCAUCAUUCAUCUGCUCGACAUCAAGGCGCCCGAGGAGGAGACUCGUCGGGCGUCGCUCCGUGGCUUCUGCCAGUGCAUGACUGUCAUGGGCAAGCUGCGAGAUCUGUAUGCCGCGGCCGACUACUCGACUGCCUUCCUGGAGGCCGCGAUCCGCAAAGCCGGAAUCCACAUUGCGCCCAUGGCAUCGCAGGCCAACAACGCAGCCACGGCAGUGCCGGUUGCCAAACCGGCGCCCGUGACCACUGUCGAAGACCUUGUGGAUGCCGGCCGCCGUCUCGACAUGGCCUCUUCUACUACCAUGCACCGCAGCAAUGUGACAGCUACGCCUCACCAAACCCACAUCCACCUGUCCCGCUCGACACUGACACCGCCUCCGGAUGGCGCCACAACCAACCUGCACACGCUCGAGAAGAUGCCGGGCCAGCCCAAUGUGACGGACGAGGAAGUCGCCCGUCGCCUCGAAACCUUCUUGGCCUCGACACCGCCCGAAUCCGACCACGACCACGACCACGACCACGAGCUCGACAUGGAUGGUGCCCACUUGACGACCUCGAUCAAGGAUACGCACCCGGGAAUCUCCAUCUCGCACUCUGCAUCCACGGGCCUGACCAACCCGGCUCCUCCUCUCCCAACGCCUGCAACGACCAUCUCGGAUAUCACGCUCCCGCACAAUCAGAACCAGCACCAGCACCAGCACCAGUACCCCUUCAUGUCCGUAUCGGACCUACCGCCUAAUCCCUUCCACCCCCACCACCAGGACGACGAGGUGCUCUUCAGCAGCCUGCCGAUGCCGCACGAGUUUGACGACGGCGACUUCGACUCGCUGCUCAACCUGGAUGCUGUGGGCGAGACGUUCAACUUCGAGGACGGCAUGCUGGAUAUGCAGCAGGCCGAUAAUCUCGGGGAGGGUGACUGGAUGGGUGCCACCGCCGGUGGGUUGGGUUCUUCCGGCCAUGGUCUUGGCGAGGAGGUCAAGGCCGCGUAGAUGUAUGGGGAAGAGAAAGAGGGAGAACGAAGAGGAAAAAGAGAAUGAUUUUUUUGGUCUGGGAUUUUUCUUUUGGGUAUAUUCUUCACGAGGGGGACUGAAGGAAAAAGAACGGUUGGUUGAUUCAUCGAUCAACCAGUUUGUGCAUUGCAGCGUCUUUGCUUAUGCCGCGCACGAUA